AUGAUAUUUUUGAUUAUAGUGAUAAUCUUAAUAGCCAUUGUUUUGGGUGGAUUUAUUUAUUCAAUGAAUAAGGCAGGACCGAAGAGAAGUUAUAAUGUGGAUCUGACAGGCAAAAUCGCUAUUGUGACAGGGUCUUCUGCUGGUGUUGGCAAAGAGACAGCCAGGAAGUUGGCUUAAAGAGGUGCAACAGUGAUAUUUGCAUGCAGAAGCAAGGAAAAAACCCUAAUAAUUAUUGAUGAAAUAGCAAAGACAAGUAAGAAUUAUAAUUUACAUUAUAUAAAUUUGGAUUUACCAAAUUAUGAUUCGGUAAGAUAAUUCGUUAAAGAAUUUAAAUAAAGAUUUAAUAAAUGUGAUUACCUAAUCAAUAAUGCUGGUAUAUUUAUUAUUAACUAAUAAAAAAACAAUUUGAACCAUGAGCUCACAUUUGCCACAAAUCACUUGGGCCAUUUUCUUUUGACAAAUCUUCUUUUGGAUGUUAUGAGUGACAAGUCUAGAAUAAUUAAUGUGGCAAGUGGGGCUCAUGAAUUCUUGAGGUCGGCUCCUGACUUUCAGAAAGCAAUCAAAGGAGAAAUAAGUAUGGGAAUGAGUACUUAUGCCACCUCAAAGUUCGCCAACAUUUUGUUCACUUAAGCCUUAUAAUAGAAAUUUGAUAAGGAAAAUAGAAGAAUUAAGGCCGUAUCAUUACAUCCUGGAUUUGUAAGAACAGAGAUUUUUCAUUCUAAAAAUGGAUCAAAUCGCUUUUUAAGUGCUAUCGCCAUAGUGGUUAUAGGUCUGAUGUCUUAAUUUUCAUUAAAUGAAGAGCAAGGUUCAAGAACAACCGAGUAUACAAUCUUAUAGCCAUAUGAAGAAUUAGUGCCAUCAGGAUAUUAUUAAAAAAAUCAAUUAUCUAAAUCGACUAAAUUAGUGAGGGAAUGUGGAUUGGAAACAUAGCUGUGGGAAUUAAGUGCCAAAGCAGUAGAUUUAUGA